UAUGCACGCGUGGCGAGUGUACUCGUCCGUGAAUGCCGUAACAUCAAGACUAAAAAGAGACGCCGACACAACGAAAAUGUUUACGGUUUCAUGGGUUGCUUUGGGUUGCUUAGUAAAAUGUGAUAGAUUUCUUUCUAGAAUGAUGUUAAAGAUGUAAACCCAUAUGGCAAUCCUUCUGUGUGUAAUAUAUUCGACGAAACGGAAUGUUCAUUUGCAGUUCGAGGUUAUGUACUUUAUCAAAUUAUAACGUACAAUUUUGAUUUUUAAAUUAAUAUUUAUUUAAAAUAUAUCGAGAGAUUUAAAGAAAGGAAUUUAAUUUACCGAUGAGGUUAUGGUGAAGAUAUAAUUCCAGGAAGCUGAAUCCCUUGUUAAUUUGAACGGUUUAAUGGCAUUCGGUGUCAGAAUUUCGUGGGACGUACAUACGUGUAAACAGACACGGUGUCAGGCAACGUACCGUACGGGGGUUGAACACCCUAAAAUUAGCCCCGAAGCGGGAUGCGACGCGUAUACGCGAACGCAGUACGUAUUGAACGUGAACCCACACGCGUAGAGAGCGUGAAAAAAUGCUUACAUUAUCAUCUGUAAUUUCGUAAACAUACCGUGGGUUGUACAGGGACUAGAUUAUGGGGACCCGUUGGUGCACCCGUUGCGGGUGGCCCAAGAAACGAACCAUCUUCCGUAGUAAGUUUUCACUUUGGGAAGUGGAAGGAGCAUAAAAAAAGAUUAUGAUUAAGGAAACCACAUGUACCGAUGCGUUAAUAAAAUGGAAGCAUAGAAAGAACGGAAUAUAGAUGCGAUAAUGAGUCGAAAAACGAAAUGAAAACGCUCAUUUCUGACAAAUGUGAAAAUCAUGAUAUCAGGGGAAUUAUUUCGUCCCCCAUGGUGUUCCAACUUUGUAAACAACGCCAGGAAACAAAUAUAAAGUAUUCACGAGCACGAGCAUCAUUCGAUGAAGUUGUAUCGCGAGCGACAAGGAUAUGGAUAGCCUCGGGGAACAAUGUUAUGAACGAAGGAGAUAGAUGCGCGAAAGGGAUGAAAACCGGCAGAGACAUCGAUACAUUCACGUUCUUUGAUGCAUUGGUGGAUGUGCCAAUUAAAUUCGAAAUUACUGGUGAAAAUGAGCAAAUUGUUGCAUACCAACGAUGUGUAAAUGUGAACCUACCUAUGUGUUCCUGGGAACGUUUCGCACAACCGAUUUAGCAUUUAACGUCAUAAUGACGUUUGCAUUUUCGACUGGCGCCAUUGUUUACUUUAUUUCGAAUUAAACCACGAUUAAGUGUGACCUCAUCUACACGGAUAUCCAUACAAUGAUCAUUACGUUCCGAUCCCCGUUUAGAAAUUUUUGACAAGAGAUACUCCGUUUAUUGAAUAAAACGAUAUCGGGGAACGUUUUGAAAU